AUGACAAACAUGGGGACAACGGUACGAGCUGGGUCCAGUGUCCUCGCCUGGGUGGCCUGUCUGCUCCUGGCCUUUCCUACAACAGUCACUGGACACAAAGUCACUCAGCCUGAAGUGGACACCCCCCUGGGUCGUGUCCGAGGCCGGCAGGUGAGUGUGAAGGAUACAGACCGUGUGGUAAAUGUCUUCCUGGGCAUUCCCUUCGCUCAGGCCCCAGUGGGACCUCUUCGGUUCUCAGCUCCACUCCCGCCACAGCCCUGGGAAGGUGUGAGGGACGGUAGCAUCAAUCCUCCGAUGUGCCUUCAGAAUGUAGAGAAAAUGAGCGGCAGCAGAUUCACUCUCAACGAAAAGCUUCAAAUCUUCCCCAUUUCUGAGGACUGCCUGAUCCUCAACAUCUACAGCCCCACUGAGACCACAGCAGGGACCAAAAAACCGGUCAUGGUAUGGAUCCAUGGGGGCUCUAUGGUAGUUGGCUCCGCCACCUCUCAAGAUGGAUCCGCCCUGGCUGCCUAUGGGGAUGUGGUAGUUGUCACUGUCCAGUACCGCCUUGGGAUCUUUGGCUUCCUCAGCACCGGGGAGAAGCACAUGCCGGGCAACAGAGCCUUCCUGGACGUGGUGGCUGCUCUACGCUGGGUCCAGGGGAACAUAGCCUCCUUUGGGGGUGAUCCCAACUGUGUCACUAUCUUCGGUAACUCCGCUGGGGGCAUUAUCGUCUCAUCCCUGCUCCUGUCUCCAAUGUCUGCUGGGCUCUUCCACAGAGCCAUAUCCCAGAGUGGGGUUGUCACCACCAAGAUGAUGAAGGAGCUGAACGCGUGGCCUGAAGCUCAGAACUUUGCCAAUUCUGUGGAUUGUAGCUCCGGAUCCCCAGCCGAGCUGGUACAGUGUUUGCUGCAGAAGGAAGGAAAGGACCUUAUUACGCACACAAACGUGAACAAUUCCUACACAAUCAAUGAUUCCUUCUUCCCAGAAAGGCCGGAGAAGCUCCUAGCAGACCAGCGAUUCCCCACUGUGCCCUACCUCUUGGGAGUCACCAACCAUGAGUUUGGCUGGCUCCUACCUAGGUUCUGGAAUACCCUGGAUAUGUUGGAACAUUUGAGCAGGGAGGACAUGUUGGAGAUUUUAAGGCCCUACUUGGCCCGUAUGGAAGUACCCCCUGAGAUCAUGCCCACCGUCAUAGAUGAAUACCUAGACAAUGGCUCAGACAUAUCAGCUACAAGGUAUGCCUACCAGGAAUUGCUGGGUGAUAUCUCGUUGGUCAUUCCCACCUUGAACUUCUCAAAAUACCUUCAAGAUGCUGGGUGCCCUGUUUUCUUGUACGAGUUCCAGCAUACACCCAGUUCUUUUGCGAAGUUCAAGCCAGCCUGGGUGAAGGCUGACCAUGCGUCUGAGAAUGCCUUUGUUUUCGGAGGUCCUUUCCUCACUGACCAGAGUUCCCUCCUGGCCUUCCCAGAGGCCACCGAGGAAGAGAAGCAGCUGAGCCUGACCAUGAUGGCCCAGUGGAGCCAGUUUGCACACACAGGGAACCCCAAUGGCAAGGGGCUGCCUUCUUGGCCCCAAUUAAACCACUUAGAACAAUAUUUAGAGAUUGAUCUAGAACCACGGACUGGGGUGAAGCUAAAGAAGGGUCGACUACAGUUCUGGACAGAGACACUUCCCAGAAAAAUUCAAGAAUGGCACCGAGAGCAGAGGAGCAGGAAAGUUCCUGAGGAGCUCUGA